CAAAAAUCUCUAACACUUCCACCAAUUCCCUUCUCCCUACUAAUUUCUGGACAUAUCUCUCUCUCUCUCUCUCGCCUCUAUAGCUGAAGCCCCAGCACCAUUUCUUCUCUCUCUAGAUCUCUCUCUCAUUUCUUUGGGACAAUGAACUAAUUCUAGCCUUAAUAAAACUAGCUCCAAAACUCUCCGCAGUCACUAUAUCUCUGUCUAACCAAAAGAAGUUACCAUGAAGUACGGGGAGAUCACCCACUUCAGCCACCCCCAGCACAAGCUCCAGUUCGAGUACACCGAGAUACCUUUCAAGUGCGACGGCUGCAAGGAGGCCGGCAUCGGAUCGCGCUUCAAGUGCAGCCUCUGCGACUACGACCUCCACAAGCAGUGCGCCCUCGCCGCGCCCUCCUCCAUCCUCCGCCACCCCUUCUACCCGAAAUGCACCUUCUACCUCCUCCCCGCGCCUCCUGGCAGCGCCGCCCGCUUCUGCAACGCAUGCGAGCGCGACGUCGCCGGCCUCGUCUACCAUUGCCAUUCCUGCGGCUUCGACCUCCACCCCUGCUGCGCCGCCCUCCCCCACGUCCUCGAAACCGGCAGCGGUGGAGGAGGAGAGGACCUCCGGCUGUUCCUCCACCGCAAGGUGGCGGCUCCGUGCCACCGGUGCGGCCGGAAGGGGCGGAGCUGGAGCUACCGGAGUGCGUGCAAGCGGUACAACCUCCACGUUGCAUGCGUGAUGGAGAUGCUGGUGGAAAGCUGGUACGAGAUCUACUACGGCGUCGGCGGAAGCGGCGGUGGAAAGCGGGGAUUGGUGGGGAUAAAUGGGAUGAAUAGGAUUCCGACCAUAAAGGGAGUAGGGAAGAGCCACCACCGGCCAAGGAAGGGGAAGGUGAAGCGGUGCUGCGAGCUGGCGGCGAUGGCGGUGCAGUUCAUCAUCUCCGCCGUGCUUGGAGAUCCGACGGCUAUCAUUGCCGGGGUGGUAGGGUCGUUCAUAUCCAGGUGAAGAUGCCGUGAUGGAUGUACAGCUCGACUACGUAUCUCGCGCUGGAACGGAUAAAAAAAAGGGGUUGUUUCAGUGCACGGAUGAUGAAGUUCCGACCACAUCGAAUGGGCUUUGUAGUUCUAAUGAACGGUUCAGAUAAAAUAUGCCUUUCGUACCAUGGACCCACGGUGCUAUGUUGGACUUCGGGGUUGGUUGUGCUGCAUGUGGACUUUGUGAUGCAUGCCAUGAUCUUUGAUCUUGAUUCUGUUUGUUGGUUUAUGGGUUCUAGGCAUGUCGAUGGCCCAAUUGGUGUGGAUUCGGACCAAAGCCUGCUAAAAUACUUUAUAUGUGUUAUUGGCUAUUGGGGGCCCAUUAACGUCCCUUGGUUGGCUCACUUAGGUCGUAGAUGAUCCAAUGGUGGAUUCGUGUGAAAGAAGGUGAAUUCUUGUUUCGUGCGGAACAUACUAAACCUAUCUGCCGUAGGUAGGCCUUCGACGUAGAUAUUAUUGUCUUUCUGUCUA